AUGCAUUUUUAUCGUAUUUGCCUUGUUUUAUUUCAUAUAUGCAGUACUUUAACUUAUAUUCCACAUUUAUUAAAUCAUAUAAAACGUCUUCCACUUGCUGAAGUAUCUCCACGAUCUAAAAUUGCUUAUAUAACAUAUUGGAUUGGUUAUUGUGUACUAGUUUUUGGUGUUUUAAUUUGGUGUUUAAUUAUUAUCUGUCGAAAACAAACAAUCUGGCAAUUAAUUCGAGUAACUGCCCAUCUAUUAAUUGCAAAAUUAAUUUAUACAUCAUUUGAUCUUAUUGUACGAAUUCUUUUAAAUUAUACAUAUGCUGUUGUUAUAUUCGAUAUAAUACAUAUAAUAUUAUUAGUACCAGCUAUUGCAUUAACAUUUGUAUUGAUUGAACAUGUUAAAAAAGAAAAAAAUUCUUCAACAUUAAUUCAUGAUGAACAUAAUAGAAAUAUUUUGUAA